AACCCACGACCUAAGGAGUGCUACUCAGACCAACUAACCAACUCAGCUAGAGGCCCUUUCGCUCAUACCCCAUAUGACAACACUCUUGCUUGUUUCCUUUUACCCUUAACCCCCUGCAACUAAGAACUAACUGUUCUUACUGUUUUGGUAAUCUCUAGCUGCUACCAAUCCUGGAAAUGGACUAAUUAGCUCUUAGCCUUUAUUCAAUCAUGUGAUUUAGCUUUAUAGGAUUAAGAAAUUUAUGGACUCAACCACCACAACCAUAUGCUCUUGCAUUAGAAACUUUUUGUUUCAUUGUCAUCUGUAUUGCAUCAAAAUAGAUUGGGAAAAAUAGCAUAUAUGAUGGUUGACCUCGAAUUGAAACUUGACUAAUUUUCCUGACAAGCAACAAGCUUUGAACUCGGAAAAUGCUUAGAUACGCAUACAGAAAUUUUGAGGCGGGAAAAAUAGUUCGUCGUUAUUGAUUUGUUCUUAUCUGUUUGGAACAUCAUAGCAUUUACAUGCUUGUUGGGAGGUUGUAGAGGUUUGCAUGCUUUUGUUGACUUCCUAGAGUUUGCUUCUCUGUAGUGGACAUCAUUGCUUGAGAGGUGGGAUCUCUUUAGCUAGUUCUCUUUGCCCAAAUAUUUUCUUGUCCCAAGCAAUGUCUUCUUGCUGAAAUGGGGUAAGGUAUAAACCCUUGCUGGCAAUAUUCUACCCCUGCUUCGUUCAAGAAGUGAAGCAAGUUCUUCAUAUAAAUGAAGCAUACUAUUUGUGAUGCACUGCGCAUUCUGGGGUUAGCCGUUCUUGGCAUUGCUGCAGAUUCCAACGGCCUAUUCUUCAAUUUCUCGCGUGCGUUUAGCCCCGGCUGCAUUCUUGCCAGCAAGAUACAACUUUGAAGGCUAUAUCCCCCGUAGCUGCUCCAGUUCGCUUCAGAUCUAUAGCCGGUCAUCGAUGUUAAAUCUACCACCAUCUUCAGCUCUCACGGUGUCCUCCCAGCUCACCUCCUCUGACGUAGCCCAGCGUUCAGAGGAAUGGUUCGCUCUUCGCAAGGACAAGCUCACCACAAGCACCUUCAGUACCGCCUUGGGUUUCUGGGCUGGCAACAGAAGGGCAGAGCUGUGGAACGAGAAAGUUUUUGGCGCGACAGAGACCAAGCUGGCGGACACCGCUAGGUCUGCCAUGGACUGGGGCACGCAUCAUGAGAGCGUAGCCAUAGAGCAGUACACGAACAUCACAGGAAGACACGUGGGCACCUUCGGCUUCGCGGUGCACGCCGAGGCCAGCUCCGGAUGGCUCGGAGCCUCGCCCGAUGGAGUCCUCGGGUGCGGGCUGGACGGCGGGAUCCUGGAAGUCAAGUGCCCCUUCAACAAGGGCAAGCCCGAGCUCGCGCUGCCCUGGCGCGCCAUGCCCUACUACUACAUGCCGCAGGUGCAGGGCCUGAUGGAGAUCAUGGGCAGGGACUGGGCGGAGCUCUACUGCUGGACGCCCAGCGGGAGCAGCCUGUUCCGCGUGCCGCGGGACCGCGCGUACUGGGAGCUCCUGCACGAGGCGCUGCGCGACUUCUGGUGGGGCGACGUGGUGCCCGCGCGGGAGCUGGCGCUCCUGGGGAAGCACGACGAGGCGAGGUCCUUCGAGCCUCGGCCCAAGCACCGGCUCACGAACCUGGUGCUGUACAGGAGCAGGAAGCUGGCCUCCGAGGCCAAGCUGCUGUGGAUGGAUGUUGGCGGCCGUGUAGAGUUCUUUCAGUGAGACGUUCUGCCGGUGGUUGUACUGUGCACUGUGUUGUGACUAUUCUUUGAAUUAACUCAUUGCCUUCCGAGUGUCCUGUUCUUUUUUUUGUUCUGUUUUUUACGAGCGUAUGAUCUUCCACUCA